ACUCAUCAUGCCGUUUUACGUCAGGUUUCUGGUUUUACUUUUGUGUUUGAUUCUGAUCGGUGAGUGCCGGAAACACAAAAGUAGGAAAAAGCGAUGGUCUGCACCGGCAGAGACUCACAAGCCAGGCACUCCUCUGUCGAAGAAGGUUGCGGAUGGAACCAAAACCCGAAAGGUGAAGACUACCCACCUACUGCGCAUAGAUGAACAUGACUUCACCAUGAGGCCCGCCUUCGCAGGUCCAGCUGUUCCUGUUGGAGUGGAUGUUCAGGUGGAGAGCUUGGACAGCAUAUCAGAAGUAGACAUGGACUUCACCAUGACCCUGUAUCUGAGGCACUACUGGAAGGAUGAGAGGCUGGCCUUCCCCAGCUCCACCAACAAGAGCAUGACCUUUGACGGCCGCCUGGUGAAGAAAAUCUGGGUGCCGGAUGUGUUUUUCGUCCACUCCAAGAGGUCUUUCAUCCACGACACCACUACUGACAACAUCAUGCUGCGGGUCUUCCCCGACGGUCACGUCCUCUACAGCCUGAGGGUUACAGUUACUGCUGCGUGCAACAUGGAUUUCAGUCGGUUCCCACUGGACUCGCAGACAUGCACACUGGAGCUGGAGAGCUAUGCUUACACAGACGAGGACCUGAUGCUGUAUUGGAAGAGUGGUGAUGAGUCUCUGAGCACCGACGACAGGAUUUCUCUGUCUCAGUUCCUCAUCCAGAAGUUUCACACUACCUCCAGACUGGCUUUCUACAGCAGUACAGGCUGGUACAACCGUCUGUACAUCAACUUCACUCUGCGGCGUCACAUCUUCUUUUUCCUGCUGCAGACCUACUUCCCUGCCACUCUGAUGGUCAUGUUGUCCUGGGUGUCCUUCUGGAUUGACCGCAGGGCCGUCCCCGCUAGAGUCUCAUUAGGUAUAACCACGGUGCUCACCAUGUCUACCAUUAUCACUGGAGUCAACGCCUCCAUGCCCAGGGUCUCCUACAUCAAAGCUGUGGAUAUUUACCUCUGGGUCAGUUUUGUCUUUGUCUUCCUGUCUGUGCUUGAAUAUGCUGCUGUCAACUACCUGACAACGGUGAGGGACGGAAAAGACCGGAAGCUCAGAGAAAAAGUCAGGGAACAGUCCCAGACGCUCCCCUGCACCUGUGGCAUGUCUCAUGCCAGGACCAUGAUGCUGGAUGGGACGUACAGCGAGGCAGAUGCCAACAGCCUGGCAGGGUACACCAGGGCCUCCAUGGCUGCUGAGGAUGCGUCAGAAAAACAGGAGCGAAUGGUGGUGCAUCUCUCCCUUGACAAUGAGUCCACGGGGACCAAGAAGAAGGGCAUCCGCGGUUUCCGGAUCAUCCAGAACACCCACACCAUCGACACCUACUCUCGCAUGAUCUUCCCUGGCGCCUACAUCCUCUUUAACCUGAUCUACUGGUGUGUGUACUGCUGAGUGUGUGCGUUUUAGCCCAAACUGUUGCAGUGAAAGGAAGAACUGGGAAACCAUUUCGUUAACCUUAGAAAAGAGGUAUUUGUUUCCAUCCUGUAUGUUCAGGUGGAGCAACAUGAUCGGCAGGAUGGCUGAAGAUUAUCACACGCUUCUGAGUGUGAAUAUCCUCAACUCUGGCUCACAUAUCAGCGCUGGACGCGACUGCUUAUUCAGCUUCUAUUCCUUUACAUUAUUUUAUCACAAAAUCAUAUGUACCCCAAUCAUAUUCCAGGGACCUCCUGGGGCUGGUUGCACAUAGUUUUGCUACUAGAUUAGUAUUAUGCCAAAAACAGACUAAUUUUAAGCAUAACAUACACAAUAGCCACCCCACCCUAAGGCUGUCUGGGAAUGAAGAGCUGGACAGACAUUAUUAUACCUUGAAGAAAAAUCUAGUAUACUACAACUUGGGUUUUAG